AUGAGAUUACAGUGUGAUGAUACUAGACGACCUGAGUAUGAACUCUUCAAGGCAGUUCAGGACUGCAAUUUGAGAGAAGUCAGACGUCUGCUAAGAGAAGGUGCCAACCCAAACCUGCUUCUCAAGAGAAAAGGAGGACUGUCCCCCUUUCACCUGAGUGUUGGUCUAUCAGGAAGCAAAGCUCUGGAAAUAGUUGCUGUGUUGCUUGAUGGAAAUGCUCAUCCUAACAACCGGGCUUUUGAUGGGUUAACUCCUCUUCAUAUUGCUGCAAUGUGGGGACACUUGCAAGCAGUUGAGUUGCUGGUUAACAGUGAUGCAGACAUUGAACUGUGUGACAAUGAGGGGAAAACAGCUCUGAUGUUAUCACGUGAGAUGAACCAGUACCAUGUUGCAAGAUAUCUGGACAAGUUACAGAGACACAUUAUUACUGCUGUGUGCGAGGCUGAAGAGGCGUGUAGCAGGAUGGACCAGACGAGAAACAAUCAGGUGUUCAGCCGGCAGUCGAGUAACAUCCUCAGCCAGAGUGAAGAAAGUGAUAACAAUUCUGUGAAAAAUACAAAUAUCAAGCUGAACAUCCAGCCAAACACGGUAAACCGUGGUCGAACGAAGACGGACGCUUUCACCCAAUUUCCUGACGGACCAUCUAUUGAAUCAGACAAAACAAGAUGGAGUUCCUGGGUAAGACAGGUAGCUGAUAGCACUGCAGGGAUCAAGAAAUUUAGCAACGUUCAGAGCAUACAGAGUCUCACUGCUCCUGAUAUAUCAGGAUACUCUGGCCCUCUAACAUCCUGUCUAAGAGGAUAUCCCAUGAAGAAUGUGGUUGCUAAGGUGGAUGAGAUCUCUAAAUCUUUCAACUCUGGCAAACAGUACUUCAACUACCUACUACUAGAUUCUAGAUAUACCAAGAAUCUGCCUUGCCGGGCCUCCCAGCUGCCACUACAAGAGUGUUUCAGAGUCUUCUGUAGUUCUCUGUUUCAUGUUGGGUGUGGCAACAAGUCUCGUCCUCUAGCUCACGUGCAGGAUGCAGCUAGUAGAAUCAAGGAGAGUAAUAAAGUCAGGAGGAUCAGGACGGUAUGGAAUGCCGGGUACGGAGUUGUGAGUCUUACGCUACAACCAACUGGUCGCACUCAGGAGGAAACCCUCACCAGGCAGGCUCUCAUCGUUACAUCGCUAGGUCUCCACAACGUGACUAACGCACGAGGAGGUGUUCUCUACCCUCCAUACAACCUACUCUCCGGAGACGAGGGAUCUGAACUGGGUGUGGUCAUGCUCUUCAGGGCCAUGUUGCGGUACCUGAGUGCGGGGGAGAAACAGUGGUUCAAACACGAGCUUGUCUGAGCACUGGGAUAACAGUGAAAUAGCAGUGAGAUAUCUGUGGAACUGAAGUGGAUCAUCAGCGAAAGAGAUGAGAGGCAGAGCUGUAAAGAUGUGAACUGCAUGGAUUGGACAGUUGUUGUUUAUAGUGGACUAAUAUAUAUUCUGGACAGUGUUUAAGUUAUUAAAAGUUGUUGGGAUGAAGUAUUAGAUGUUAAUUGGACGAUGAGUUUAUGAAAAUGGGAUAAUAAUUUAUUGACAUACAGAACGAACUGAUAUCAGUCUUAUUAGAACAAUUGUUGGAUUUGAUGGAAUGUGGAAUUAGAACACUUCACAAUUGUUGUAAACAAGCUCUAGUGGCUGCUGGAAUCUAGUGCAUACUAUUUGUUGCAUAGUUGUCACUAAGUCUGUUUGUAAGGUUGACAUUUGGCUCAGACUGUGUUAAGAUUUUGACUGAUAAGCAGCUAAAAGGUGUACAGAAUUUGACUGAUAAG